AGAGUGGAAUGUGAGUGAGUCAAUUGUCUCAGUGUGAAGAAGUUGAGGAUGGGAUGAUGAUGGAAACGAAAUUCGAUUUUGCAAGAAGAGAAUUGUAAAGGACAAGUGAACUCCCAGCCUCUGUGUUCUCUCACCGCCCGAAUUGUCACUCUUGGCUGAAUCUCACAUCGAAUACUGCCUCACCCUCGACUUCUUGCUAUUGUUCUCCACUACUAGUUGCGGGAACAAUAGUAUGCUUCACCAUGAGGCUGGUCGAGUCGCAAUUUCAGUUGCUUGGCUGCACCAAACGCAAUUACGAGCCGACUACAUCUGGUCGAACAUAGCCAUCUGAUUGUUGGAGCAGCAUUGAUGAGCGACAGGUCGACCAAGUGCAUGCACAAGAACGCCUGACACCAUGGCUGAACCAGAAAAUAACAACGGCGACAAGGCCAAUACUAGCAGCAAGAUCUCGGAGGUAGAGGUGAAACAUCGUGGAGUCAUCGACGGUGAGGGAAAGGUUGUGGCUCCUUGCAGCGAGGACUAUCUUGUCUCCCUUGUCCUCGAGAUCCUUCGUGCCAGAGCAUAUCCACUCGUAAAGCUCGUCCGAACACACGACAUGCCGGCUCAAGUACGACGUCUACAAUUCAUAUCCACAGAAGUGCGAAGAUUGAUCCGUUCUCCUGCACUGUUCCCAUCACUUUCGGUUCGAGCAAGAUUCUCAGCACUUCUUGCGUCCGACGCAAAUUUGCAAUUCGCUCAGUCAGUCAAAGAACUCCUGCUCCACGACGUUGUCGGAGAGCUCGACCAGUUUGAACGUGACAAUUUUACACGCCCAACAUACCAGAAAGACAGCAAGGGCUGGGAGAAUUUCUAUCUGAACAUGGCGCCAGGAGCACCUACAAAACAACCAAUUCUCAAAACUACCCCGCUGUCGAGUUAUCAGUCUGUCCCGAUUGUUGGCAUGAGGAUCAUCGGUGAUUUCUGCAGGGAAGACCGGCUGCUCCGUCAAUGGGUUAGAGAGACUACAGUACCAGUGGAUGUGAAACCUGCAGCGACGACGAGAUUGCUCAACUUGGACAAGCCAGACGAACAAGAGCCAAACCCAAAACAUAUGCUUCGGCAGGAGUCUGAGGAUGUGUCCAUCCGACCGAACCCAUUCGGCGAAGACCGCAAGCUGCGUCUUGGACUUCCGAAUCAUGGACCCGAACCACUGGAGGACUUUACCCCCUUCCUAGGUCGUCUCGAGGCUCCUCCUCUGCCACAAAAUGUGCAACCAGCCACCCUGAACAAUCCAGAGGUAUUGCCAAUUCUAUCAGUGCGGUCCUGGCAUGUUCCAACGAAGCGCAUCGAGCUGCGAUUUCAUAAUUGAAGACAUCAACGUUGCGACAACAUAUCUCCCAUUGAGCCCGGUGUUCGCAGCCAGCUCGAGAGGGACUACACGAUCCAGAUGGCGCCGAACCAGUACGUUGUGCUAUCCAAUAUCAUGUUUGCUUUAGGUUAAAAGCCGUACGAGGAUAUCCAGCUAUGCCGCAAUCGCGAAUGCCUUCAUGGACAGCCUCAUUGACUGGGACGGAAUCCGCGAUGAUGCUGCCAUCCUUCGUGCCAGUACUGAAGAGGACAUUGCAGAAGCUGCUGG